AUGUCCGCACUCACAAACGACCAAAUCGAGGAACUCAUCACUCAGUCCCUCGAAGCAAGAAACUUUUCCUACUCGCCCUACUCAAAGUUCCGUGUGGGCGCCGCUCUGCGCACGGUCGAUGGCAAAAUCUAUCAAGGAUGCAACGUUGAGAAUGCUUCGUAUGGAGGAGCCAUCUGCGCCGAACGAACUGCAUUCGUAAAAGCUGUUAGCGAGGGUCACCUGCGGUUUGUUGCCAUUGCUGUCUCCUGCGAUUUCAACCACUAUAUCACUCCCUGUGGUAUCUGCAGGCAAUUUAUGAACGAGUUUGGAAAGAACCUGGAAAUCUUCUUUGUCAACGACGACAGGACAUACAAGCGCGCCGUUCUCGCUGACCUCCUUCCUUACGCCUUUGGCCCUGAGGACCUGCCAGCCAAGUGA